UUUGUGACACUCUGAUCAUGCUCUGACCCUACGGUUGACCGCUCAACGAUAAUGCGACCUUGACAGCUGCUGCAAGUAAACUAUGGGGCAAAGUACGAGCGCGGACUUGUAUUUUCUACACCCGAGGUACGAGUCGGGGUCCACUUCAGGUCAAGGCCAGGAUGCCAGAGUCGCAGACGGUGAGCAGCGGAACAAUGCGCGAGCGGCACACCGUUGAGUAAGCACCAAGGAGAACACGAUCUAACUGGUUAUAAAAUCAUGCACUAAGGAUUAUCAUGAGGUAGUCUGCUACAAUCAGGGUCGCCCUAUCUCAAGUGGCAUUCAAAUGGCAGUGCGUAGGUGAGAAUGCGAGAUAAUUUGCCACUAAAAUUUACUAGGACACAUAAAAAUAUAUUUUACUGACUGCUGCAUAGUCGACAGUCACAUAUCGCGGCAUUAUGUGUGCCAUGUAAGACAAAAAUGCCCACGUUAACUGUCGUAAACAUAUAAACUCAAACCGAGUCGGAUUAAAAUAAGCAUAUAGUUUAACAGUCACUAUAGAUGCUCAUAUCAGUAAAAUAAAUCAUUCGUAGACCACUUAUGUGCGCUUAUAGAAGGGAUUGUUCUCCUAGCUCAUAAAGCUACAAGACUGUUUGAAACAGAUUGUCAACAUUGAAUGGUCAUCUGCACUCAUGCACGGUGGUGGCAACGGGUUUCAGUGAAACAUAAAUUUCCUGUUUGUACUUAUAGCAUCCAUAACAUGUUAGCUCUGUUCCAAGUGUUUAACAUGCUGUUACAUAAUUUAAGUAAAUAGUAUCAUUUUAGAAUAGCAGUAUAUGAUGCAAACAAUUGCAUAAUAUAUUAACCUCUAAACUAAAAUACAGUUGAAUUUUUAUAUUCUGUUUCAUUCACAUGUAUUUCUUAAAAUAUAAUCUGUUACAUAUCAGACUGCUCAACAAAAGCAGCAGAGAAACCAUCGGGAAUGCAGCAAGACUUUAUUAGCCACCACUGUUAAAAAAGGAACUGAUGAGCAGAAGUUCAAGGUAAUAAGAUGGCUAGUUACCAGCUUAUGUGCUCUGUAGUACGCCCAAAGAACCCUACAGAAGCCUGCAACAUCAGCAAUUUUGAAGAAAAGAUCAAUCAACAUUCUUCAGCUGUAAUUCAUGAUGUCUCUGUCACCAACAGCACCAGCAGUCACAUUUCAAGCCAGACUGAAGCACAUGAAAGCAAAUCAGAGGAACUGAACGAUGACUCAGUGUUGUUUGCUUUGUUGCCAAGACAACUGCCAGGUUUUCAGGUGCAGAGGAAUUUGGUUCACAAGUUGAGCUACCACGAUACUGGUGUAAUAUGUGUCCAUUCGAUACCCCUAGCAAACCUUGCUUGCUGCAACACCUUGUUGACCAACACUGCUUUAUGUGCCCUUUGUGUCCAUUUGCUGCAUUUACUCGUUCUGCAGUAGUGAAACAUGGCCUAAAGGAGCAUCAUGUCUUUCAGCAAGAGAUGUCUAUGCAAAAACUUAGGGGACUCCAGCUUAAUCGUCACAGUUUUCAAGACCUCUUUGAACCAGUCAGAACUACUGCUCGAGCUUCCAAAAGAGGCAGCGAGACUUGUGGUGAAAGUAGCGUAGGCAGCAAACCUGCCAAACAGAUGCGAAUGUGUGAUCAAGAUAAAAGAGGUGAAACAAAUUCUACUCCAGGGUCUGGUUUUUCUGGAAACCAGAGUGCUUUUACAUCUGACGAUAACGUGGUGGGAACUGAUGGAAACAGAGACUUUGACCUGUGGGGGAGCAGUGCAUCAAAACUUCUGGCUGAUUUGGCAAGCAGUGCAAAUUUGUGCAGUGAAGGAAAGUUGCUUGGUGAAAACAUUGUCAGUUCCUCGGGCAUGGAAGCUGAUAGUGGAGUUGAUACGUGGUCAGUGAACCGUGGGGACAGCAGAGAGGCACCCUAUCUUGGCUCAUCUCCCCAAGCUGCAAUGCAGGCAACAAGAAAGAUGGAGGGAGAGGAGGCAGUUGUCAGCAUUAAACAGGAAGUGAUGUGGCCAGAAGACUGCUGCAAUCACACUGGGAAGCUAACUGGUGGUGAUGAUGACCCUUCAAAAGAGGUUCAAGGUCAGCAUGUCAUUCACAUUCCUUCGGAGGUAGACGUCUGCAUCAAGAUGGAGAUAGACCCUGAGAGACAGGAUCUUGGGCAGACCGUGCCAAGUGGUAUCUUCCCUGACCACACGCAGCAAAAUGUUGGUGUCAUGAGCUGUCAAGUGCAGCCAUCUACCAGUCCACCGCUUUCAUGCAUCAGGGUUGAAAACUUGCAGAGACAGUUUGAGGAAUCAGUUCGCUCUAUAGACAUGUUUAAAUAUCAUGAACAAGAUGCUUCCUCCCUUAGCCCAAGUCAGCAUAAAAGGACGAAACCACCAUCAACUGAGCCACACUGUCAAAGAAAAAGCAGUUUAGUCUCAAGUUUCAACCACAUCCAUUCAGACAGUAAAGAAGUAAGUGUUUCCAAUCAGUCAGCUGUGGAGAAUUUUCUGCUGGUGAAGCCUUCAGGAAAAAGCAUGAGAGACCCAUCGCAGAAUAGCAGUCAGUGCAUGACCAACGUGCUUCGACGUCUUUUAACAAAAGCCCAGUACUCAGACAAGGAAAGCUCUUUAAAUGAUGACAGUGGCAGAUAUUUGCAGGACAGGACCACAAAUCAGUCUUCAGAAGAUCAGACCACGAAGACUGCUAUUUGCAGGCCAGUCACUUCAGGCUCUCCAGUCAAGUCUGCAUGUGAUGUUGAAGAAAGCAGAAUUUUGAUUAAGUGCGCUUCAGCUUCACAAGCAUCCAGCGUGCAGAGAUCACCUCCUGAUAGAUUUGCUUAUAAUUUGCUGUCCUCACUACUCACUGCAGACAGAUGUGGGGUCCCAGAAGAUGUUUGCCCAAUAGAUGCGAAAUCUGUGUCAGUGUAUCAGAGUCAAGAGCCUCAGAAGAUUGAAUCUAUGAAGACUUUCAAACAGGAACCAGAUACAGCAAGCUCAGAAUACAACCAAGCUCUGCCUGAUUAUACUAAAGAUCAGCAGCAGCAACUUUCAGACUGUGAUUCUGGAAACAAAUGGUCUGCUGCAACAUCCAGGCAAGAUUUCACAUCCGUGGCCUCACACGAAAACAUCUUUGUGACAUCGCACUUGCAGUCUUGUGCACCAUACCUGAGAGUCAGAGAUAUUUUGAAGCUGCCAGCCAGCCACACACCACUGUUGCCUUCGCUUUUAUUAGCUUCCGAAUCUUCACGUUCAUGCCCAGAGCAACCUAAACAGUCGAGACUGCUCAGCUUGGCUCUGAGCACCCCACUGGCAUCAGCGCAGAAGAGAAUAGAUUCUUUCAAGUCCUACUCCAACAUGUCACUGAGAGACAUACUGACCAUGAGGGUUCCACCCAACCUUGAGCUUGGUGGUGCCGCUAGUGCAUCAAGCAAAGAUGAUCAUGAGAAUAAAGAUGUUGGUGAAGAGGAUGAAGAAAAGGUAGGGGGUGAAAGCCAGGUUGUAUGGGAAUGUGAUUUUUGUGAUUUCUCAGGAGCAGAAAAGUCAGUCGUUGCAAGCCAUCGAGCAUCCCAACACAAUGAUUUUGUGGAUGGCAGCUGUGAGGCAGAAAAAGGCUCUGCUCCAUGGCAAAGGUCUCCAUUCAGCUCUGUCCCUGAGACACAAACUGGUUUGCCGCAGACAGGUAACUUACUGGAUGAGGAUGAGGAUGGGAAUGAAGAAAAUCCAAACCGAAAGAUCUUUAGUCCUUCCAGACAUUGUGUAAAUAAAAGAAAACUUAAAAGGGAAUCCUUAAGUACCCCAAAAACUGAAGAUUCUGAAAGUGAAAUGGACGAUUCUACAGGAGGAAGAAAGAGCUUAUUAGCCUCAUCAUCUGAGCCAGAUGAUCCUGAAGAUGGUAAUUACAUUCCUCCAAAGUCAUUGCAACAGUCUGACAGCUAUGACAGCGAAUCUUUUUCGGAUACCGAUGCAGAACAAGAUAGCUUCUCUCCCAGGAGAAAAGAAGCAAAGAAUGGAGGGGAAUCAAGGCUAACUCUCUUCAGCAAGACCAUGGACAAGAGAUUAGAGGCUGGUGUGAUGUCGUUGAAAUCAGAGCAUACUGCAUUUCCAGUUUGUUUGCCUGUACUGUGCCUUAAAGGUAAGCUCUUUAAAACUUAUAAAAGACCAUAUUCGAUGCAACACAACCACGGUGCCACAUUAUUUCAAAGCCAAAACUCAGCAAGCCAGCGACCAGGAGUGUCACAUGUUUCUUUGCCCCAGAGAGGAGUGUUCUUUCACAAGCCCGAAUCCAAAGUUUUUUCUCCAGCAUGUUUUAAAAUGCCAGGGACACAUCUUUGGUGCCUGCUCCUUUGUGCUGAAAGUGCUGACCACACCCCUCUGUGUAAGCUUUAGGAAGUCAAGUGCUGCUCAGUGUGUGGUGGCCAGCUGCUACUUUUCCUCAUCUGACUUGAUGGUGAUGCGCAGGCACCUGUUUGGCCAUAUUUUGCAAUGCAUGCCAUGCUUAUGGUUUUCAUGCGCACCAUUACCAGUGCUAUCACUGACUCUCAUGCAGGCUCUAGUGACUUGUGCCCUUUCCUGUGCUUUUUGUGCAGCGAAAACCUGUCUACUCUGCAGUCAGCAUGUGUUCACAUGGAAAGCGAGCAUGGAGGGUUGACUACUGGGGUCUUUUAUCUCCAGAAUCAGCCUGACGUCAUCUGUGGGUCUGAUGCUAGACCUGCUGUGUCUCUGUGUUGCACAAAGUGUAAACAGAUGAUGCUCCAGUUGGGACAGUGGCUGUGCCAUAUGUGUGAAAUAACUGCUUCAGCUGCAGACAUCAAGGACAGCAAGCAUGAGACUCAUCUCAGUACCAUGUUAUGGUCCAGACUAUUGCAGCCUGCAGCUUACGACACUGACAGUGAUGCUGAUGUUAAUGUGAUGUCCCUUCAACUUAAUGAGUGGCCUUGGUACAUCAAAAGCAGUACAGAUGUGCUAGCUGCAAGAAUUCCUAAGCCUGAUUCAAGAACAGCUGAGCAAGUGCCUCUCAUACGACGCAUCUUAACUGAGAAUGCCCUGCUAUCGUUGCCUGUUUUUCCAUCAGCGUCUGUCAAAUCUCAGGUCCAGAGUGAUUGUUCAGAAAGUUUAGAUUCAUUAAAUGUGUCACAAACUAAAGUUAUGACCAGAGUCCCUGCACCUUUCACAAACUCUGAUGAGGCGGAUCAAAGGUCUGGUGUUUUUGAAAAGAGUUCUUUCCCCUCAAAAGCAGGCAACACACAAAAGAAAUCUCACAAUCAGAACUCAGCUUUUGAGCGAUGCUCAUUUUCUUUGUUGAGGUCACAAUUGCAAGGAGUUACUGCCACGCCACCUUUGAUACACAUGUGUGAAAACAAAAUCUCAGACAAGGAUUGUUCAUAUUUUAAUAAAGCUGUUAAGUGGGCAAAAGACAGAGGUACCCCUGGUGAGUCUUCAGUUUCCAGAGCAUUCUUUUCACUAGGAGCAAGCUCUGAAAAAAAGAAAAGUUUCACAACUUCUAACUCUAUCCCCAUUACUUCUGACGUGGCCUGCUGUGAGACAGUGGUGGAAAAGCAAUACACUGAUGCCAGUGACAUUGAUCAUAGAGUCCAGCCAGAUGAUAUUACUCAAUCAAGUAGUUCUCAGAAAGACUCCAAGCUUGAUCUGAUGAAUGGAGUAUGGGCUUGCGGACCACUGUUGCGGUCAUCGCUGACCAAUCCAAUAGCAGAUAAUACCAGCAAACGACACUGUCAUUCUUUGGGUACCAGUACUUUGGAGGCAGCAGCAGCAGAAAGAAGGGAUCAUUUCCAGACAAAGGAUGAUGGUCAGUCCCAAGUUGAUCAGAGCAGUGCCACACCAUCUCAUCAUGCAUCUCAAUUGUCCAACCCCCUGGCAAAAUCUUGCCAUUGCUCCCAGCCCCACUGUCAGUCAGAACUUUGUGACCCUCUCAUUGCUGGGAAGGAGACAGAAGACAUGGUUGCAUGGUUGGAUCAGCAAGGCAGCCACAUGAUGCGUGUUUUAGGUGAUGCCAUGGAUGACUCCAGUAAUGAAAAACAGUUUUGAGUAUGAAUGUAUUUUUAGAAUUCCUGUCACAUUGAAACAUUUGUGUAAGCUAUAGUAUAUUCUAGAAUUUUUCUUUCAAAUGACUCAGAAAAAUUUUCUUUCCAUUCCGUACUAUUCAGAUUUGUGAUUGUCUUUGUGCAAAAAAGGCCACUAAACAUUAAUUAAAUUUCACCACCAGACAUGUGGGUGCUAAAUAGCUUCUAAGUCAAACUGCUUUUUCCUAUUUCCUUUGAUGCAUCCAAAGAUGCAGAUGAAUGAGUUUUUAAAGUCUUCUGUAAAUAUAUCUAAUAAUUUAAAAAAACAGCUUUUUUUCAAAUUAAUCACAAAUAUUGAUCCUGUCUUGUCAUUGAUAGUGUCCUUUAUUGUUUAAGUUUAGCUUAGCAGAUGUAAUAUUUAGCUAAAGUUCAUAGUUUGGGCUUAUAGCACAGUAUUUUCUGUGAUACACAUUUAGUGGCUAAACUUUUAUUUGUCAUUACUAUGAUUAUCCUCUUCUUCCAGGUGAAAAAAUAAUUCAAAAUCAUUAAUAUGAUUAUUUUAUGCAAUCAAAACUUCACUUUUUAUGUCCAAUUGGUGUGAUAUAUGAAAGUGCAUUCUGUUAAGGCAGCCAUUCCAUGAAAAUAGUGGUUUCCGGUGAGAUUCUAGCAUGUUACUGUUGACAUUUAUGUAUUAAAGGAUAAUGAACUUUUUCUUUGAGAAAUUAAAAAAAAUUCUAUU